ACGCGUCGCCGCCGGCUGGCCCGGCGCCCGGCCCCCGUUUGGUGAUUUCUGCACCCUGCGCUCCCCAGCCGCCCUCUCCUAGUUUCCCCCUGCAGAGCUGAGGAAGGGGGAGAAGUCCACCCGGCAAGCCUCGCCUUUCCCCGGCGCGCAGCCCCGACGGGGCCGCGGCAGGCGCAGCGAGAGCGCCGACGGAGCCAUGAGAGAGUACAAAGUGGUGGUGCUGGGCUCGGGCGGCGUGGGCAAGUCCGCGCUCACCGUGCAGUUCGUGACCGGCUCCUUCAUCGAGAAGUACGACCCCACCAUCGAGGACUUCUACCGAAAGGAGAUCGAGGUGGACUCGUCGCCGUCGGUGCUGGAGAUCCUGGACACGGCGGGCACGGAGCAGUUCGCGUCCAUGCGGGACCUGUACAUCAAGAACGGCCAGGGCUUCAUCCUUGUCUACAGUCUCGUCAACCAGCAGAGCUUCCAGGACAUCAAGCCCAUGCGGGACCAGAUCAUCCGCGUGAAGCGGUACGAGCGCGUGCCCAUGAUCCUGGUGGGUAACAAGGUGGACCUGGAGGGCGAGCGCGAGGUCUCGUACGGCGAGGGCAAGGCCCUUGCCGAGGAGUGGAGCUGCCCCUUCAUGGAAACGUCGGCCAAAAACAAAGCCUCGGUGGACGAGCUUUUCGCCGAGAUCGUGCGGCAGAUGAACUACGCGGCGCAGCCCAACGGCGACGAGGGCUGCUGCUCGGCCUGCGUGAUCCUCUGAGGCGCCAGCGCUCUGCGCACAAAAGCCAAACGCACCCGACUCUCUAAAUGUGAUUUCUCUUCUUGUUUUGAGAUUGGAGACGACUUUGCAUUGGCCGGGGUGUCCCAGGAUCCCGGCUGGCCUCUGCGGCCGACGUCCCCUGCCUCCUCCCCGCAACCGAAGGGGUGUCCGGUCCUGACCAUCUGAGACCCAGUGGAAAUGUGGCUCUUUGCAGCAUGUACGUUUCUCAUUGAUUUUGGUUAACGCAUAUAUCCCCUUUUAAGUAACCGUUAAGGGCGUUGUAUUGGCAGCUUGACACCAGCAAGCCGAAAGUUUCAGCCUGGAAAAAAUGGGGUGGGGGAGGAAGAGGACAGGGAGAAGGUGGAAGAGGGGUUUGUUUUUUGGUGUUUGUUUUUUCCAACAACCGUUUUCUAGUUCCAAGUUUUAAAUACAUGGAAGGAAGUCCGGAAGAACCAAAUGAAGGAGCAGGAGGAGAAGAAGAAACUUUUGUUUUUUCCUUGUUUUCCAGGAGUAGCUGGAAAUUAUGAUCGGGUUCCUUUUCUGCCAGCUUGGAAGGGCAACCCCGUGACUGAUUGCGAUUCUGAGGAUGUCUAUGCAAAGUUGGGUUCUUGUUUCAGUGUAUCCAAUCUGAAGUAUUGCACAUCUGAACUGGGACUGUUAACACUGAUGCCAAUACAGUGUGGGGUGCCAGAAAGUGUCUGCUGAUAUUUGUGGGAAAAAAAUAUCUAUUUUGUUUACCUACUGUACCUAAGGGGAGUCUGGGGAAGAACGGUAGUAUUUUUUUUUAUCAGCUGUGAAAAAAAAAAAAAAUGUUACAGAUCUGCACAUUUUUGUGUGUACUAUUGUGUGUGUGGUUUUUUUUUCUUUUAAGUUUAGCUUUUUGUUCUUACUGGUUGGCAGUAACAGAUUUUGAUGACUAGCUCUUUCAAAUACAGUACAAAGACUUAACAAAUGUGAUUCAGGGCCCCCAGCACCCCUGUGUCUGCAGAGUGCCUUCAAAACUCAGCUGUUCCAGCCGGUGCCAACCUGUGAACAUCCCACCCUACCCCAGAAUCUGCUAUUCCCCAAACCACUUCCCAGUUUCCUUUUCAGUGAUCCUUCCGAAGGAGCCAGGACAAUAGGGCCUGUUGUUCGGUGAAUUUCUUUAUUAUUUCCAGCCUUUAAAAUGUAAUUUCCAUGUCUUGAAAUGUUUUUUGGUUUUUUUUUUUACUUUUUUUUUGCUUCAUUUUGUUCAAAUGUUCAGGUAUUUAGCUCCCCUUUUAUGUUAUUUUAAAAUAUUUUUUGGUUAUCUGUUAAUAGGGUGUUCCUCCAGAAGCAAAGAGCAGAAUUUUACUGUUGUGAUGUACCAAGAGAAUUCUAACCACUUGUAAUUUUUAAUUCCAGACACGCGUUUAAUCAUUGUCUCUUCAUUUUAAGACUUUUAAUACAAAUGUCAUUUUUAAAGAAACAAAGUCAAAACUAUUGUUUGUGUUUCUGUGCUUCAUGUUCAGUGAUUUCAUACAGUAUCGUGGCUGAGGUAUGGACAGAGGCAGGUGGUGCCUGAUGUCCCCAAGAGUUGUUGGUCAAAUUUUGAAGACAGAAGUAUCUCAGUGGUAAAUUUGGUGACAUUCCUUCCAACUUCUUAAAUAUGGGGAAAAUCACCAAGGUCUAGGAAGCUCUGGGGUAUGGUCAUAUCACCUGACUACAAGGUGAGCAGGAUAUUAAAUCUCUUCUGCUGGCAUGGAGCAGUGUACCUCACAGUAGGUAAGGAAGGGAGAAACCAACUGCCAAUCCUGCCAUAGAUCUGGGGAAGGAGCUACUUUUUAUAAGUUAGGUCACAUUCCAAGUCAAAAGGAUGUUUGGGGAUGAUGAUUUCCAUUCUGAAGUCAUACCUAUUAGUGUUUUCUGAAGUAAUUUGUAUGGAUUGUAGACAGCAUCUCAACCCCUUGAGGUUUUGAUUUGGAAACAGAUCAUUAGAUUUAAAAAGAAGAAAAAACUAAGACAAAAACCCCUUGCUGUCAUAGAUUCUGGACCAUUUUGAUCUCAUGAAAUUUUGCUUCUAACAGUAGGAGGCAGUGUGAGCUUUAUCUUUUUUUUUUUUCUGAAGGGCCCCUUGACUAAUAUAACCUCUGCAGAAAAAAAGGCUUAUGGUGAUAUAUCAAGGGCAUUUAAUAUACCUUAAGUCUAUGAGUGUAGAUAGAAGUCUUCUCAAGGGUCUUCAGACAAAGGGAUUAUUCUGUUGAGGAAGUCAAAAGAAAUUACAGGCCACUGGUUUAUUUAAAGUUAUUAACAUAUCUUGCCUUAAAAUGUGUCCUUUGCCCAGGAAAACAUCUCAAUAUUCCAGGGUGGAAGAAGAAUUGGGAAUUUUGCCUGUGGUGGUCCUAUGGUCAGUUUUUUUUGUUUUUCUUAACUCUUUUUUUUUUAUCCUCACCCGAGGACAUUUUUCCAUUUUUUGU